AUGGACGUUUACCCGGCGACGUCGGUCCUCCGAGGACCGUUUUACACGAUAAACGGCGACGUCAAGCUGCACCGGUUGUUCGAACGCAACGAAAACGCUUAUCCGGACAGCACGGCCGUCAUACACGAAGGUAAGCGCGAAACACCGUGUUUGGUUUUUGUUUUUCAAAACGCUCAGGGGCAGAAUGGCCGGUAAAUGGAAAUUAUAAUUUUCCGGACGGCCUCGACGGAUCGUAUAAUUACGGCCCGGUGGCCUGAUAUUUGUAGACACUACUCGUACUCGUAUUAUUUAAAAACUCGAUGAUAAAAACGAAGAUAAUAAAGAUAAUCAAAUUCUGUUUUUUUUGUACACUACUCGCAGGGUUAUAAAUUAUGAAAUAGUAACCCCUCCCCUCUUACCUCCACCCAUAUGCUGAGUAAAAUCGUAUUUAGUUCCCUUAGAUUCAAAAUCCAAGAUUCACCACCGGUUCAAAUUAGAACUCGAGAACAAUUUUCAUCGAUAGAUAUUAGGUGCAUAUUUUAUUGAGCGACCUAGAUAAAUUUUAAUAUCUUAAAUACUUAGAUUUUUCCCAAUCUUUAAGGUUUAGGGUAAGGUAAUGAUACCAACAUUGGCUUUUCAAAUGAAAACUUAUAUUGAAAAUUCUUUAAAUAAAUUAUUUUAAAUAAAUAUUGGUGUUCAAAUUUUUGAUUCUCAUCAACGGGUUUUUUAAUGAAUUUUAUACUUAACUUUUAAGUUUAAGUAGGGGGGAAAUAGUGGAGCACAAAUAAAAACCCGUGCAACGUGCAAAUGAUACUCUACUAAUCUCCCCUACAUAAACUUAAUAGUGGAAUGUCUCGUUAACGGGUUGAUGGAAAUCAAAAAUGUUGACACCAAAAUGUUUUUUAACAUAAUACUCCGUCUAUUUAUGAAAUUUUUUUAUGAAUAUUCUUAUUUGAAAAACCAAAAUCGAUAUUACCACAGAACACUCGUUAGAUGUUGUGAAAAAUCUAAGUAUUCGAAAUACAAGUAUAUCUGCUUUAACUUAAAAAUUCGGAGCGAAAUUCCGGUAGAAAAGUUGUUUAAAGAUAAAAAAAAAAAAUAUUGUAAAACCAAUAAAAGUCCAAAUGUACGAAUGAAUAAACUCUAACAUCAAAAUAGUUAAAUGCGAAAUUUCGCAUUGAAAUCUCAUAUGUAAAUCGCUAUGAUUAAAUUCACAACCCUGCUAAUAUUUUAUGUAGGUGGUACUGUAAUAUUAUUACGCGUUCGUCAAGUGUAUUUAAACGAAAAUUCGGUUUUUUAUUUUUUUUUUCUUCAGUACUGGGACAGCCCUCAGCGCGUCUGUCGUUUGCGGAGCUGAACGCCAAAUCCAAUCAACUGGCCAGAGGGAUUGUCGCGCACGCGGGCCCAUUAAACGGAGACGGUGAUUUCGUGGUUGCCGUGCAGCUGACGCCGGACGACGGGCUUAUCGCCGCCUUGCUGGCUAUCUGGAAAGCUGGCGCGGCGUAUUUGCCGGUGGACACGGACGCGCCGGCACACCGAAUCCGGCACGUGCUCGACGAGGCCAAACCGUGUAUGAUGAUCACCAACAAGCCCGACGGUGAGCGUUGAGCAUUAUAAUAUUAUUACGGUGUAGGUUUAAUGUUCGGCCCGUGCACCGUACUCGUAAAAGAUAUUUGUACGAAUUUCGAGCGGAUACAAAUACAGUGAGUGUUUAAAAUACGUAUCCUAUUCCGAAUACAAAUACCCGUGAAAAGCAUUUGUAAUACCGGUAUAAAUAUGUACGAAUACGGUUUUUACAUAAACACAUUUUUACUUUAAAACCUGCUGACAGUGGCGCACACAGAGGAGGGGCGGGGGUUAAGGACACAUGACCCCCUCUGAAACGUCUUCCUUCACUGCACAUGUUUAAAUCGCGUUUCAAAUUCAACAAACAUAAUACCGUGUACCAUAGAAUAGAAUAAAAUAAAAUUUCAUCAAAAAUAAUCUAUUCAGUAGUAAUAGUGAUAGACGACAGUUGUACUGUACCAAUAACGUGUGCCAUCCUCUCUCUAGGAAAUUAUUAUAAACAAAACCACUCCCGAAAAAAAUUCUGCGUGCGCUACUGCCUACUGUAAAAGUCUGGUUAGGUUAAGUUUUUGCGCCCCGUUAAUAUUGUUCGACGGGCGCGGGAUACGUGGGAGAUGGUAUUUCUUUGUUUAGCGAAACGAUAGAUUUCGUUCGUAGCCUGAUCACAUUCGUUCAAAUUUCUAACAUUUAAAAAUCCCGACAGUUCUUUUUUUUUCUACUGAUUAAAGAAUAUUAUAAGAAUUAACAAAAACACAAAUGCAAUUCUGAUCGGAGCGAACAAUUUAUUGUUUUCACUAUAAUGUGUAGUUGUCAUAUUAUAAUAUCGUUGCGUACAGAUAUAAAUUAAAUAACUUUAUACGUCCGUUUAUCUUCCCGGCUUCUCAUCUACAACAGCGGUGCACCCAUUAGCAUUAUACUAUAGUCUACAUUGUACAAUCUCUACUUUUACUAAUUAAUAAUGGAUAUUGGUAAUAAAUUUCGGAAUUUCUCAAAAGUGGUAUAGAAACGAAAGUGUUAUUUUGGCCGACAGGCGGGUUGUCGGUAAAAUCGGUUUUGCCUCUCGGCAGUUCCGAUUCUAACUGUCAUUCCUAUUUCUAAUAUUAUAUUAUUAUGACUUUGCGAUAACUAAUGAUGUGUGUUGUGUUCUGGCCCAAUGUAUAGCCGAAGUGUACGGCGACAAAUCGAGCAUUGUGUACACGCUGAAGCAGUUGAAGAGCAAGUCGGCUAUACUGUCUGCGUGUAACCUGGAAGACCGUGAAACGCUCGCAGGAUACGGUGGUCGCCGACCGGCGAUAAUAAUAUACACGAGCGGCAGCACGGGAACGCCCAAAGGUAAAAAAACAAAAAAUAAAUCCGUCCUGCAGUUGCUUAGAACCGCCUUUCGAUUGUAUUUCGACACUUCGAGGACGUCGACUUAAAAAAAUAAAAUAAAAUAGUAAACGUUUUAAAUUAUACCUAUACUCACAAAUCUGGCAGAUUUCAAGUGCAAAAUUAAAAACAUGGUACUUUUAAAAAGAUAAUAAUAAUAAAUCAAACCGGUCGUCCAAAAAAUUACCCCGGGGGAAAUAUAAUCGUUAAUUUCUAUUUAGACUAUUUUUUUUUUCUUAGAUUCUGACUACAACAAAAAAGAUGUUAGUUUUACCAACAUUUUUUUGUUGUUUUUGUUUUCCAAUUAUAUUCUCGCGAAUUCAACGAGAGAGCGCAGGCCAACAUAAUUAUAUUUGACUGUCUAUACGACCGUGACGCCGGUACUGACAGAUCGCAACCUAAAACUAUAGACCGAACCAUAACCUAACUAUAUAAUAAUUAUUUGUUACACGCUCACUCAGAACCAGACCAGACCGUAGAAUAUCCAAAGACGUUUGGAUGACGACAUUAUCAAAAAUAAAUCGCGAAAUUGUUAGUUUGUAAAAUGAAAGUAAUGAUUUAACGAAAAUAAAUUAAAUCGCAUCGUAUACAUUUCGUCAUCGGACGUGCCGACCGGCCGUCGUUGUUAAUCGGUUGUAAUUUCAUGAGACUCGGUGUCGAUGAGCCUUGCGGUUAGGUCAGGUUAGGUUUCGUUGGUCUGGUGGCCGCCACGGGUGCACGGGGGUUAGCAUCCAAGUAAUAUUGUUACUGCAUUGUUAUCGGAUGAAAGUAUACCGAUUCGAGAACCCUAUAUUGAUAUUCCCUGACCCGUACGACAAUUGCCCAUAUUAGAUUCUGAAAUGUGUGUGUUUUUUCGCACACUUUUUGGAUUUCGAUUUUUUCACGUAGAACUUUCAGAGACGCGGAUUUCUUAGCAGACGGUAAUAUGGUAAUUCAAUAAUUACCCUACGUUCUCGUACGUUUCAAACUUCUCAUCCGCUAAAGUGGUCGAAGUUGCUAUGUAGUUGCAAAAAUACGUCCGGCUUUUUAAAUAUCAUUAAUAUUAUUAACCGUGUUAAACCGCGUUCGUCGCGUCUACGCACAAGUACGGCAUUCGUUAUUCGAAAUGUAGGCGAAUUUGGUUAUUCAAAAGAUAACUUCUUAGCUAUCGGCGUGAAAUUUUGUAAAUAUUGACGUGAUAAACGAAUAUUGAAACACGAUUUCGGGGGCGACGUAAUGUUUUCAAUCGGGAUUUAACAGACGGCGUCUUGUAUAGGCAAACGUAGUACAUACUGGCAAUCGGACGAAUCGCGCGGUAAUGCGAUACACGAUAGUAUUGUAAGAAAUUGUAUUCAAUAUGCCCGGUUGUUUUUUUUUUUUUUUAACGUCAGAGCGAUUGUACACCAAAAGACCAAUACUGCACAUUAGAUAGUGUCAGUCUAUAGAUUAACGCAAUCUUUUGAAAACAGAACAUACGCAAUUAUAUUGCACACGCGCAUUGAUAACACAAAGACGAAACGAAAACACCAACAGUCAUAUUAUAAUAUGCAGAUACCGUCUAGUGUGUCUACAUUUUUCUUUGAUCAUAAUUAGAUAACGAAUCGGAUUUUAAAACUUGUUUCGAUGGUAUUAUUAUAUAUUUUUUUUUUUUUUUUUUUGUCUAAAUUUGUCUGACUUAUUGACGUAUGCAUAUAAAUUGCUUUAUGUUGAAAAACAAAAACAAAAGACCCUUUGUGUGUGUAAACGUCCAAUAUGCAUCCAAGAGUGUUUGAAAUUUGACAGAAAAUUCCGCUGUCGAUUUUGAAUCGACAUGAACGUUAAUAAAUCUAUAACUCAAAAUGAGGUUUUUCUUAUGAGGGGGGGGGGGUGUACGAAACAAGUUUGAAGAAUACUCUAAAACGAUCGGUCGAUCAUUUCAAACGUAGACGGCCGGUUCGUUAUAAUUAUUAUAACUAUGACUGUUUAGUAAUAACCAGAUUGGCCAAAGUUCGACAAUUAGAGAUCUGAUUUUUGUUAUUAUUUAUUACUAUUCUGGCUAUUGGCGUAUAUCGUGUAAACUAUGUUUUAAAGUCGUUCAAACUAAGAAACACAUCGGAUAAUAUUUUUUCCUUUGGCGUUUUUGUACUUGGUCAUAUUAUUGUCCUUUUACUAUACUUUUUUAUAGCCGUUUUCACUUGGUCAUUUUUUUCCACGGUUUUUAUUACCAAACUCCACAAAAAUACAAUACUGUUUUUCUACAACGCAUGUAAGCCUCAUUGUUAACCGACUUCAAGGUCGCGUAUGUUGAAUAUUAUACUGGACUCAUCAAUCAAAUAUAAUAAUAUUAUAAAUCGCUGAGGUUGUUCAUCUAUCGGCCGUAUUAACAAUGUAUUCAUUAAUUAUUACUACAUUUCUCAUUCAAUAUAUAUAUAUAUAUAUACAUUCAAACCGAGAUUUAAUUAAUAAUUAGUAUCCGUGUUGUAAUUAAUUUUGAUUACGAACUAGGUUUCAUUUAAUUUAUUACGUAUUUUAAUUGUUUAAUUUAAUUAUAUUUUUUGUAUAGUUUUUUCGGAGUGAGGGGCUUCAGUUCUUAAAAACAAACAAUAAAUUAUGUUUGCACAGUAAUGCUGACGAGGUUAUAUAAUUCGCAUACAAAAAUGAUAGGAUGAAAAAAAAAAUAAAAUCACUUAAAUAUAAAAUGUAAUCAUAAUUAACAAAAUUUUAAAAAUCGAUUAUAACGUAAGAUCUAAGCGUCUUCUUUUUCUUGAGACAAACAUAUUAAUCAUAAUUUCAGGAUUUACCUAUAAAUAUUCAUGAAUAUAGAUCAUUUGUUUUAGCUUCGUCUCAUUUGUUGAGAUCCUUAAAUAGAUUAAUUUUAGUGUUGAGAAACUAUAAAUGAUGCUGUUUCCAAGAACUUUUUCUAAUUAUUAUAAAAAAAAUACACAAUAAUUUAUGCAUAAAAUGAGUAACUUUGUAUUUUAUUUUUAUGAAUUCUUCCAAUGCACUUAAAAUAUCAUUAAAACCUCCAACAAACAUUAAAAUUGACUCGUGACGUUCCAUACACCCUGUUCCACAUAAUUCGUUUAAGCCAAAAAACAAUUUUGAUUUUAAUUUUUUUUUUUUAUAUGUUAAUUUAUUUAUCUGAAUCCCGGAAACAUGUACUAAAUUUUUGCACUAUUCCUUGAGUAUUUCUGACUUCCUGUAGUUUUGAUACAUCUCUGAGACACGUUUAAACAUUAAUCAACACAAUGUGUGUAUAAAGCUUUUGGAUACUUUCGGACGACGGGCUAUCAUGACAUCAAGCAGAUAAAAUACUAUUUUCAAUUAAUUUAAAAAUAUAAUAUCAUCUGACAUUUUUUAGGGGAGAGAGCUGACGGGCUUGAGCCCGAAAUCCUACCCUCAUUAUGUUUUAUCAUUGUGCCUAUUAUGUUAUAAUAAGUGUAUAAUAAGUGAAAUGUUUUAACGUUUUAAAGAUGUUCGUCUCAUUUAGGUUGAUACUUGCUCGGUUAGCUUGUAACUUCGUUUAGUUUGAUAUUAUGGUAAUCUGUGAUACGACAUAAUGUUCACAGGAAAAAAAAAGUAUAAAUAAAUAAAAUAAACUACUAUUUAGAAUAGAGUUACAUACUCUUCGUUAGCUAAAUUUCGUUUUCGUUCGUUCGUGUUCAUAUCAGUGUUGUGCUAUAUAGGGUGAUCAACAUAACGUGAGAUACUCAUUAUCUCGGUAAGUGUAUACAUUUUUUCAGAAUUUUUUUUUUGAUAAUUUAAGAAAAAAGUAACUCUUAAAUGUUACAUUAGUAUUAUUUUUUGUCACCUUUAUUUUAUGAAGUGAAACCACUAUCUACUUUUGAUUUUAAAAUGGGGCUACCUAUACUAAAAUGUCCAUAAAUAGAUGAAGUAUUAGUUUAAAUAAAGUUUGGUAUUGAAAUUUCUGAUUUCUGUCAACUCGCUGACGAUAUAAUAUUAGUGGAGAAUGGUGAAACACUAUUUAAAGUUAAAAAUGGAAUAUCUCGUUAACAGGUCGACAGAAAUUAAAAAAUUUCAAUAGCUAAAUUUAUUCAUACUAAUAUUUCAUCUAUUUAUGAAACUUUCAGUAUGCUGCAAUUUUAAAAUCAAAUGUAGAUAAUAAUGGUUUCACCCUAUGCAAUAAGGGUGACAAAGAAAAUAGUAAUGUAAUAUUUUAGAGAUACUUGUUUCUUAAAAGAUCUAAAAACAAAUUUCAAAUAAAGUUAAUGCUCUCCGAGACAAUAAUCAGUGUCUCAGAUUAUGUUGAUCACUCUGUAUGCCGUUAGUUCAACAGGUUCGUGACAUUGGUGUUGUUUUUUAAACGUUUAAAAUAUUUUCUAUAUGCUUGCAAAGAGGUGCUGUGGAGGGGCCUCAUAAAUUUCCCCUGACAGUAAAAGUUGAUUUUUUACAAGGAAAUAUUCCACCUACUUAAAUUUAUAAUUUUCGCGUGAGAGGAUUGUAAUCGUGUAGAUUUAAAGCAAAACAACGGCGAUUAACUAAUCGACUACAAUUGAUUAAAUAUACUAAUACAUGUUUAACCUAUUAUUACAUUUUACACAGGUGUGCGACUUCCGCAUUGCGUUGUUUACAACAGAUUGAACUGGCAAUGGAAUCGGUUCCCGUACAGCGACACGGAGCGAACGUGUGUAUUCAAGACGUCAUUGACUUUUGUGGAUUCAGUGGCAGAAAUCUGGGCCCCGUUGUUACACGACACGCCUAGGGCUCUGAUGGUCGUACCCAAGGCCGUCACUAAAGAUCCAGAACGGUUGAUAAAUAUGCUUCAUGAAAACAAGGUUUUAACACUUAAAACUUCUACUAUUACUAUUAUACUCGUAAUAUUUUUUCCUUUUAAUUAUCACGUAUAUUUUUAGAUCGAGCGUUUGGUGUUAGUUCCAUCAUUAUUACGUGCCAUAUUAUUAUACUUGGGAAUUUCCAACAAUAACGAACAACAGCCCGCCAUGAGAAAUCAGGUAAUGUUUUUUUCAAUGAAUUUCUUCACCAGUAUAGUUUCCUUCUCUCGGUUGAGAGAACAUAUUAAAGAAAAGAAAACCAAUAAUCGCCACGAAAAUGUUUUGUCGGUGUUCAGAACAACGAACAUGGAAUCCUGUCCAGUUUAAAGUUAUGGGUUUGCAGCGGAGAACCACUACCGAUGUCGUUGGCCAAACAGUUUCUGGAUACAUUUCCUAGUCACUUCACGUUGUGCAAUUUCUACGGCAGCACGGAAAUCAUGGGCGACGUGUCAUACUUCGCAAUAAAGUCGUUCGACGAUUUGCGUUUUGGCGACAAAAUACCUAUUGGUAAGCGCCUACCGAGUAGAUUAUAUCGUUACCGAUUAUGUUAGUUUAGCCUAGAUUAGUGACCUAACUCAGAGUGUGAUCCCGCCAAACACAAGCCCGAUGUUUAAAAAUUGUUAUUUUAUACUUUAUUUUUAAUGAAAGGUCCAGAACGGUAAACACUUCUGAGUUUGAGCAAAAUCUUCAGAAGACACACACCCCUCACUAAAUACAAACCCGAGCGCGAACCUUAGAAAUACGAAUAAUAGAAUGCGUUCCGAAACAUUAUAUUAUCAUUAUUUAAUAACGAUAAUAAUUAUUGCAUUCGGAAAUUGCAGGCGUUCCCGUGGACAACACCGCUCUGUACCUGUUGGACGACAAAGGCCAGACAGUGCCACCCGGUAGUCUGGGUGAGCUUUACGUGGCCGGAGCAAACUUGGCAAGCGGCUACGUAAAUGGCCGAGACCCGCACCGAUUCAUCGAAAACAGUCGACGCCGCGACAGAGGUAAUCCAUGUGUGUUUUUUUUUCCGCACUUCAAAUAAUAAUCACUUGAUAACCACGUGAUGUUUCUUUUCUCUCUACUCGAAAAUAUUAUCUAUAUUCAUCCAAGUUGAAAGUUUAAAACCCAAUAAUUGUACCAAUAACAGUUCUGUACUUAUAUACACUGUGACGUCGUUUUCACGUAGACCUGGGUAUGGACCGGAUGUACCAGACCGGAGACUACGGUAAAAUGGUCGAUGGCGUGCUGUUAUACGAAGGCAGGACCGACUCGCAAAUCAAGGUCAGAGGGCAUCGGGUCGACUUGUCCGAAGUGGAAGCGUCCGUACUCGGGUUGUCGGACUCGGGUAUCGACAAGGUGGCCGUGCUGUGCUACAAGCCCGGCGAAACUGAACAAGUACUAUAAUAUAUUAUAAUAUAGACACUGACACCGACUUUUGGACGCGAAAAGUAAACAUUAUUAUUGUUACUGAGGUAUAAUCGUAAAGACAGUAUUUACCGUGCCUACGACGUUCGGACGCAUUCCAAAUAAACCGAUACAAACCGGGAGCUUUCGUAAGCUCCCGAUUUUCGCCGAUUGAACUGAAAAUCGAUGCGGACUUUCUUUAGAUCUUGGCUAAUCGUUUUGCGAAAAUGCCGUUUCAAAAUGCAUAACCUUAUAAAAGGUUAACGCCAUAAUGUGGACCGACAGACACGAGCAAAUUCAUAUAAUACAUAACUUACGCGCAACUUAAUAAAUUUCGUAAAUAACCUAGGACAAAAGAUAAUAAUAUAUCGUAUAAUAUAAUAUUAUUGACCCGGGUCUUUGUACUGAUGGUCACCUUUCAUACCUAUACCGUGGCAGACUAUAUGGUGAAUUUCUGUUUAAAUUAUAAUAAAAUUAUUGAAGUAGGUACCGACUAUUCGUAAAUUAUGCUGGCAUAUUAAUGAUCACCAAUAUGAAGACUAAUAAUAUAUGUAUCCACAAUUUACAAAAACCUAAUUAUAAAUUUACCUGAACAUGAAUUUGUAAUGUAAUCGUUAAAGUCGUAAAAGGUCAUGUCCUUUUACGAAGAAUUCUUGUUGAUUUAAUUUUCUGUAAAUAUGAAUGUACAAAUUGUAUUCGUAUUUUAUGGAUAAUAAACACCCGGUUCUCGGGAAUAUACAGAGUGGCCAAUCUUCAAUAAAUUAGUCACUGAUUAUUUCGGAAAGUACCAAUUUAAUAUGAAUUAUUAAUAUUUUUUUUUAUUUUUUUUAUUAUUAUUCAAUUUAUGAAAUAACAGCUCUAAAAAGUUUUACUACCUUUAUUUUUUAUCACCCUUAUUUUUAGGAGUAAAAAUACUUUUGAUAUUCAAAUUUCAACUUAUACUGUGUAUUAAAAAUUCGAAUGGAUGACGUUUAAAUUUAGAUUUUGAAAUUUCGUGAACCCGUUGACUAUUCAAACGUUGAAUCGUUUGUCGUCACACAGAUGCUCCACUACUCUCCCCUGCUCAAACUUAAUAGUUGAAUAUUUCGUCAACGGGUCGACGGAAGUUAAAAAUGUCAAUAUCAAAAUGUAUUGAAACUAAAAAUUCGUGAAUUUUUAAUACAGGUUUGAAAAUCAAAAGUAGGUACCUAUCUACCUAGUGGUUUCAACCGCAAAUAAAGGGGACAUGAAGUAACGGUAGUUAUAGUAAAACAUUUCGGGGCCGUUUGUUUCAUAAAUUGCCCAGCAAAUACGUUUAGAAAAAAUUUAAUAUUCCAGCUUACCUAAUUCCUAGAUUCACCUUUGCUAGUGACGUAACCUAAACAAUAUAAUUUAACCUCGUGCCUAACUCGCACAUCACUGACGUAUUUAUAAUAUUGCAGACCCUGUUGGCGUUCGUCGUGUUCGACGGCAAGACUAAAACGACGGCGGCGCACAUCGAGGAUCGCCUGAAAGAAUCCCUACCGGAAUACUCUCUGCCCCAGGUGCGCAUCGUCAAUCCGAUAACUGACAUGGUAUACUCACCGACGUAACUAGGAGGACUUGGUCCCUGGGAGGGGAGGUUGAUCCGCCAGUAGACUCAAGCAGUAGUAACUUAAAAAUCCUAGUUACGCCAGUGGCGGAUAACCUAGUUCUGAGGGGGGGGGGACGAUUUUCAAAUCGACAGAGAUAAUGAGAUUUAUUCCCUUCAGUGAUUAUUUCAGACCUUCAUUUCCGGGGAGGGGGGUUAUCGUAAAUUUCAAAAGUUUCCCGUAUACCUUUAUAAAUUCUUAAUUAUGAAGUUGUAAAUAAUAAUAUACAUAAUGGAUGACAAUAAUCCCAAGGAUCCAAACGAUCCACUAAUUGCCCUCCCCUCUCCUCGAUAUCCGCUUCUGAGUUACGCCUAUGGGUAUACUACGCCAGACCGGUAUCCGGUAACCCGGCCUCGUGUUUUUCAAAAUGCCCCGUGUUUGUGUUCAGGUUAUCGAACUCGAGACGAUGCCGUACCUCGUCAACGGGAAAAUCGACAGGCAGACCCUGUUACGCCGGUAUUCCGAAACGUCCGGUAAGAACACGUCGUCGGUUCGACGAAAUAUGCACUCGAAAACGUGUAUUAUUUUUGUUGGUCUAUAAUAAAUCGGUAAUUUUCAAUUAUAUCAAUACGGUUUUCGCCGUUGCAGUUGCAGCGUCGGAGAAGUGCCGGGUCGACAUGACGGGCGUGAGCGCCGACCGGACGGAAGCGGCCAAGUGUCUGUUCGAGACCGUGUCCACCGUGCUGGGCAGUUCGCUGCGGUCGCGCGUCUCGGUGGCCGCCAAUUUUUUCGCCCUCGGCGGUCACUCGCUCAACGCCAUUUAUACUAUUAGCAAACUAGCAGACUUCGGAUACUCAAUAGGUACGGUAUUAUUACACCGCGACGCGUGUCUUUGGAGCGUAUAGGAGCGAGGGUUUAUCGAUUUUACAUUGGGUGAGUUCCGGUUGGACGCUUCAAGCGCUCACGGUGUGUUCCACCUGGCACAUUAGACGCUCACACUUUAACCGUGACGUCACCAGAUCUGAGCUCUACGUCAUCGUUCCACGCUCACAAACGCUCUGAUGAAAUAGGUAGUGCGGCGUAAACGCGUAUAUGAUAUCUUAUCGUUCCACUUGGAGCGUAAGCAAAGCGAUUGUACGGUUUUAUAUGCUAGUGGAACGGUUUAUAAGCAUGCAUGAUCGUGAGUGAUUGCAUUGUAAGUGCGUAAGCGUCCAACUGGCACGCACCCUAAGAUGUGGGCUUUUUUUCCCCUGGCAUAAACAACUUUUCGAAAAGAAAUCUUGCCCCGAGUAUAUGAAAUUUCCUGAAAGGAAAUUUUCUCAAGUUGAUGAGGAAGAAAGUCUUUUUUUUCUAGUUUUAAUUAUAAUUAAGGAGACUAAAAAAUGUUAAAUGAAAACUUAUAAAUUUACGAUGUUUACGAUUUCAUUAUUUUUAACGGUAACGUUUCCGUUUUCUACUAGAAAUAGUACUCCAAUAGAAAAACAAGAGAUAUUUUUGGUUUAAUUUUUAAUCUAUUUGGCGAGCAAGAAAAUCGUUAUUUUGAUUUUCUUAAUGGUUUUUUUUAACAAUUGAGCAAAACCAAAAAAUACGUAGAAAGAACGAGAACAUUUUCGAAAAUAAUGCUUUUAUUAUUUUCAAUUUUAUCUUUUCAUAAAUCAGUUAAAAAUAUUCGUAAAGAAUCGAACUUUUUGAGCUAUUUAUAAACUCUAUUUUAAUUUUAAUAAUUCGUUUUUACAUCAUUUUUAUUCGAUAGGUAUUUUGAGGAUAGAACUGUUAAUUAAAAAUGGUUAAAAAUUUGACAAGAGAUUCAUUAAAAACCGUACUUAAUAUUGUGUGUAAUGCAGGAUUUUUUUUUUUUUAUAAGUUUUAAAAUCAAAUUUUUACAAAAAUCGUAAAUAUAACUGCCUUUCAAAACCUACCAACAAUAAUGGCACAUUAAUCAGCAGUAUCAUAUCUUAAUUUUUAUGUAUUGUAGCCGUCAGCGAUUUUAUAACGGCACCCAAUUUCGGCAUCGUUAUUAAUAAAAUGCGGUUCAGCGGCAAAACGUCCAAGGCUAAUCGGCCGUCGUGUUUCGAUGACGAUCAAUGGUUAUCAGAAAAAUAUACGAUGCAAAUGCUCGAGCCCAAACACAAAGAAGACGUGAUCAAGUGCGUGUCAAUCUAUUCCACUCUUGUCUUAGACGAAUAUAUACUUAACGUGUAUUGAAAUAAUAUUAUCAUCCGAACUGUUUGACAGGAUAAUAGCUGAAAGCUUUUACGAGAAGGCGGACAUGGAACAUUGGCUCAAACCAAAGGUGCCGUAUAGCGACUACACGGACAUUCUUGAAAUGCUGUGGGAACCACUUCUCGAAAAAGACUUAAGGUACGGUAAAUGGGGAAACGUGAGAACCUAAUUCUAAAACCUCAUGUGAAUGUAUGUGUAUGUUUUAUAGUUUUGUGGUGCACUCCAAAGAAUCUGAUCAGCUACUAGGCGCGGCAUUAAAUUUUGAUGCACUGGACGAACCUGAAGUAGAGUUCAAUGGACGUUUGUCGGUCAUUUUUGAAUUUCUUGAGUACCUUGAAGGUCCAAUUAGGUAUAGCAAUAAUUUCACACAUUUAAGACGAGAUGUAAUUCACGUCAUUCUUAAAUUAUUUAUUUAUAUAUCAUUUUUUUUUUUCUGCGACGCAGGAGGGACCAUCUGCCUAAAAGCAAAGGGAGUAUAUUACACAGUUUUAUGAUGGGUACAGACAAAUCGCUGGACACGUCCACUAAUGUCGAAGUUAUAACGUAUAUGGAACAAAGAGUUUUGCGGCUUGGUAAAGCUAAACAAUUCAAAGGCAUAUUCACUACAAAUACAAAUCCCCUGACACAGGUGAGAAAAAAAAUUAAAACUAAGAAAACAUCAUGCAAGUUCAAUUAAAGAUAUUUUUUAUACUAAUUAACUUGAUCACAUAAUGUAUAACACAAAACAAUACUAUUGCCAUUGCAAAAUGCAAAAUCAUAUGCUAAGGCAAGUAAUAAUAUUGUUCAAUAAGAUUGCAUACACAAUUCAAUUUUUAGAACAGCAUUAGGUACAUUUAUAAUAAAAAUAUAUAUUAUAUAUAAAUGCUUCUUUGUUUUAGCAACUCGGAGCAAACGUGUUCGGUUAUAAAAUACUUCACGAUUACCAGAUUAACAAAUAUGUGACACCUGAUGGAAGAAAAAUAUUUGAUGAAGCUCCAGAUGAUCAAAGAGCAAUAUGUUGUUGGAAAGUUAUACAAUAG